UCUGGGCUGUUGGUAACAUUUCUAGGUGAUAGGUCACCAUGCAUAAGCUGAUUAAACUCUGUCUGUUUGUUUCUGUUAUUGUUUCAUUGUAUUAUGCGUCAGCGACUUUAUCUCAAACUAAAAAGAAGAAAUCAAAAAAAGAAAAAGAUAACAAGGUAAAAUUAUCAAAAACCAAUGUGGCGGAUCGUGGCUUGAUAUCAGAAAAUGUUAAACCUUCUGACAUCGUUGAAAACCAUGCAAAAUAUUGUGAAACUGAGAAGAAUACAAGAAACUUUAACGCAGGAAAUGUUCUUGGAUACGUGACUCCGUGGAAUUCACAUGGCUACGACGUUGCAAAGACAUUUGCCAAGUUCUCCAUGAUAAGUCCAGUGUGGCUUCAAAUUCGACGGAAAGCAAAAGGAAAAUAUCAAGUUACUGGCACGCAUGAUAUUGAUAAAGGUUGGGUGAAAGAUGUAAGAAAGACAAAUCCAGAUGCCCAAAUAUUACCACGAGUGUUGUUCGAUCAAUGGUCGCUCUCUGAUUACAAAUCACUGUUCAGCAGCGAGACUGAAAUAGAAGCCAUGGCAGCUGAGAUGGUUAAUGUGCUCAUGAAUAAUAACAUGGAUGGUGCAGUAAUUGAACUAUGGAUGCAAAAACCUGCACAGAAAAGCAAUGAAAUAAUUCAUGUGAUGUCUCACAUGAGCGGAGCAUUCCGUGAUCGUGAUUUAACAAUCGUGUUCGUGAUUCCACCACCUAACAAUUUAGAAUCUGAAGCCGCCUCCACCUCCAUUUCUCGAAAACAUUUUGAAAAACUAGUCCCUCUUGUGGAUGCUUUUAGUUUAAUGACGUAUGAUUAUUCUGUUGGCCUUGGAAAAACUGGGCCAAAUGCUCCCAUUGAGUGGAUGGAAAAAUGUGUGAAGAAAUUGGACCCAGAGGCAAAGUAUCGCACAAAAAUAUUGUUGGGUCUAAAUUUUUAUGGCUAUGGUUACACAUCAGGGGGCACCGAACCGAUUCUUGGAACCCAGUUUGUAAAGACAUUGCAAGAGUUCCCGUCCAAGGUGAUUUGGAAUAAAGAAUCGAAAGAACAUUUUGUUGCACAGGACCUACCCAACAAUCAACAAGCUAUAAUAGCUUACCCUACAUUACUGUCAAUAUCCUCCCGCGUUGAACUAGCAAAGAAACUUGGUACAGGACUUGCUAUUUGGGAGCUUGGACAAGGAUUAGAUUUCUUUUAUGAUUUACUUUAAAUCACUGUUUUAUAUAUUCUCGUCUUUCGCUUUUAAUUUAUUGUAGUAUCCGGUGUGCUGUAUCAUGGGUAUUAUUUAUGCUUACGCAGAAACAGAAUUGUAAUAAGUUUUGGAAUUUAUAAAUUCAAUAAUUUUGUUUGUUGGUUAAGUUUGUGAUUAUCAAAUGAAUCGCUUCUGCUUUACAUUUCUCUGUCUUUUAAUGUGAAAAUAAACCUUAAUGUGAAAAUAAACCAAAAUUUUUCUAUCCGGUA